AUGAUUGGAAAUGCCCUAGGUGUCAGACACUGGAGAUGCGAGCCUUCAGAAGCAAUUCAUCCCCCACCUGCCCUAACAAUUCGGCAAGCGGCCGCUCGAUCCGCAGUACAGCGGGCAACAACAGGCAUCUUCGGCUCACCAUCAAUACCAAACCUCCUCACCCUUCGUGGUCGCAUAGGAGGCGGCGGCGUCACCCGGGGCCGUUACCGAGGCGUCAUCCACCGGGGAGGUCGCGGCCACGGUCCCGGAGCACCCAGUGCCUCAGCAGCUCACGAUGCCACCAUCCAGGGCACCGACACCGACGCCGCUGUCUCCCGCCUCAGCGCAGUCCAGAUAGGCUAUAUCGACGAUCCGUAUGCCGAGCUAUUCGCCCAGUCUGGCCCCGGUGCCGCCAGGCGACUGCCCAUCAUCAACCGAGGCACCUACGCUCGCACAACGGCCAUCGACAAGCUUGUUGACAAGUUCCUUGACGAUACCGAGAGCUCACCAGAAGGGCGGCAGAUUGUCUCGCUAGGCGCCGGCACCGAUACUCGCAGUUUCCGAUUAUUCUCCCCUUCCGCAUCAACGCCGCGCAAGCGCGUUAUCUACCACGAGAUCGACUUCCCCGCCAUGUGCGAGAAGAAGCAGCGCAUCGUCUGUAGCGCACCACAGCUACGGUCUAUCCUAUCCGACCCGGACUCCGUGGAGGAAUUGAGUCAUCACGGCGGAGGAAACUCCUGGCAUAGCAAGGCCGUGGCCGAAAAGCACAAAGGAAGCGAGCUUUGGGUUCACGGGCUAGAUCUCCGCGCCAUUGCGGCCUCGCAACAGCCUCAGCAACCACUACCGCCAGGAGUACCGAUCGGUUCCAGGGGACUUCACGCUUCGCCCUUUACCACCGGUUCAACCACACAACACGAAGAGCAAACAGAGGAAACAAGUCUACCUCAACAAAAAGAACCACUAACGUUAACAUCUCUCAACCCGAACCUGCCCACCCUCAUAAUUUCUGAAUGCUGCCUCUGCUAUCUCCCUCCCUCAACCGCCUCCUCCAUUGUGUCCUUCUUCACCACCACGAUCCAAUCCUCCCUGAGCAUUGUCAUCUACGAGCCCAUCAAGCCUGAUGAUGCCUUCGGGAAGAUGAUGGUCUCGAACCUUGCUGCUCGAGAAAUCAGAAUGCCAACGUUGGAGGUGUACAAAGAGGCAGAGGACCAGGAGAGACGACUACGAGAGGCCGGAUUUAGUGGCGGGGAAGGAAACGGAAUAGGGGGAGCAAGGAGUAAGACGAUAGAACAGAUUUGGGAGGAGUGGACGAGCCAAGAGGAGAAAGAGCGGGUGGAUGCGCUGGAGGGACUAGAUGAGGUUGAGGAGUGGAAGUUGUUGGCGGGGCAUUACAUUGUUGUUUGGGGAUGGAGGGGGGUGGGGGUUGAUUUGGAAAUAUGA